AUGGAAAACCCUACGCGCAGCGACAGUUGGCAGCAUGCGGUGCAGUCUUUCGUCUCCGGUCUCGGCCCAGCCGAGCGGGCAGGAUUUCGGGCGCCAGCCAGCCCGGACGACUGUAUGGCCGUCCUCCUGGCCACGCAGCGUCGCAAGACCAAACUCGCGCGCAUCCUGGACCUGAUGCGCCCGGCGAUCGACCCUCUCAAGCGGUUUGAGAGCGCCAUCGACGUCGUCGUCCAGGUCAACGCCGGCAUCGCCUCGCCCAUCUGGGGCCCGCUGAGGGUUGUCGUGACGCUCUGCGCAGACCACUUCCACACCCUGGAAAGCGUAGCCAUGAUUAUACAUAGGGUCAUUAGUUCCCUGCAGAGGUUUUCCAAGUAUGAGGAACUCUUCGCCAAGAACGAUCUCGUACAGAACGCCAUAGGAGCCCUCUACUGCGACUACCUUGACUUCUGUGUCCGCGUCACCAGAUUCUACUCCUCGCCUUUCCGCUCAUUUUUCUCUUCCUUCGAAAAGGACUUCGGCGACGUGGCCGCGAGUAUCAAGCUGCACAGCAAGAAUGUUGACUGGGCGGCUCACGCCGCCCACGUCGAGGAGACUCAGCGAGAGAUGGAGAAAGCCAAGCUAGAGAGACGAGCUCACGAAAGAGGGAAUAUUCAAAGAUGGCUAUCCCCUUCGACGGUCGACGACGACCUCCGCAAACACGCCGGCGAAUGCCUGGCUGGGUCGUGCGACGGAAUAUUGGCCUCCCCGCAGCUAAAGGCCCUUGUCGCCCCCGGCGAUACCCCGAAGAAGGGCGUUGCCAUUAGGUUGCAAGGACUGCCGGGAAGUGGGAAGACCACCGCUGCCGCUUUCCUAAUCAACCAUUUGAAGAACCAGGGCUUUGUGGUGCUGUACUUCUUCUUCAAGGCGAGCGAUGGGGAGAAAUGUUCUUUACUAAACUGCCUUCGGACGCUCCUAUCACAGUUGAUCCGGUCGGAAGAGGGCCUCUACGACUUCGUCGAGCCGCUGUACCAGAUGAGCGGCCGGGUUGUGGCCGACUCGCUGAUCGAAGUGCGACAGGCCUUAUCUACGGCGCUGGAGCAUGCGGCCGCAAGCCGGAUAUUCCUGGUGCUCGACGCGCUCGACGAGGCCUCGAAUAGCGAAGACGUCUUGAAAUGGGUUGCCGGCCGGCGGGAAGCCACCGGCCGGAGGCUUCGAGUCGUCUGCACGUCACGGCCCUCAUGGACACCGGCCAUUCCCGUCCCGUCGGACUGGAUGCUCCUGAGGAUGGAGGACUUUAAAGCCGACAGCAUCAAGCAAUACAUCCUAGACCGCGUGCGGGAGAACCCGGUGAUCAGCGGCGCUGGCGCCGAGAAGCAAGUCGCGGACAUGGUCGCGUCAGCCGCUGGUGGGCUCUGGUUGUACGCGCGGCUUACGACGGAUGACCUCGACCGUCUGCCAUCAAUAGGACAGGUCUGGCGGCAGCUGACGACGCUGCCGCAGGGCUUCACCGAGCUCUAUUCGCAGAUCCUGCGCACAACCGAGACUAAGCUGAGCGCGGUCGAGCUCAAGCUCGCGCAACAGCUCCACCUCUGGGUCGACGUCGACGACUAUCUACCUAAGUUCCUCAUCCUCGCCGACGACAGGCUACGGUACGACACGCUCGAGCUCAUUUUUCAGUACGCGAACGACGGCGAGCCCGUCUACGACCCACUCGCCGUCGCCAGCCGCGUCUCGGCUCCCCUUCUCCGGGUCUUCGGCGGCAAUAGUGAUUACGACCGCGAGGACGACGCUAGUAUCGGUAUGGAUACGGGGCAGCAAGCGGGCAGCUCCUCGCGCGCGUACGAGCUCGACUUCAUCCACCAGACGGCGGCACAGUACCUGAGUGAGAGCGAUAAGCUACCAGCGGCCCAGCUACCGCGGACGCUGCAACUGCGGCGGCUGCGGUGUCUGCACCGGGCGGCCGUCGCCGUCUGGUACUUCACCGAGUGCGAGCAGUCAGCGCGGGUUCUGGCAGACCUUCGGCGAAGCGAUGUCCGGCCGAGGCACUCACUCAUCUGCUACUUUGAGAUGGCGUACGGGCUGUGGGACGCGCUGCGGCUCGACGGGCGCCGGUGGUCGUCGCUGGCCGCACAGAACGAGGAGGACGCCGAUGCGACCGCCGUGCUGCGCACCCUCGCCCGCUUUAUUUCAACUCCGGCCUGCCUGCGCUGGGUCGAGUGUGCCAUCAUUAUCAACUACCGCGGCAACUUCCCCCACCUCCUGUGGAAUGCGGUCGACGCGUGGAGCGCGGGCGUCGAGGCGGAAGGCUACGCCGCCGACGAGGGCGGCGGAACCGGCGCUACUGCCGCCGACCCGUACCGCACCUUCUCGCGGGCGCGCACACGCUUCUGCCAGAACUACGCGUUCGUGCUGGCCUUGACCGGUGUCGGAGGCAGCUACGCGCCGCUCGAGCUGCUGAACGCGGCGCGGCGCGAUUUCGCGCAGGACAGGCUGGCACAGGAGAUCCUUAAGCUGGGGCAGCGGUGGAGGCCGCUCGUCGUCGCGGGCGAGGGGGAGAUGGAGAUCGACAACCUGUGA